AUGUCACCUCGACUUCUUAACUCGAGUAAGCCUUAUUUGUUCCGCAAUGCAAUAAUUAGGUCAUCUUCUGUUUAUACUAAACCUCUUAACUUGGCCAAUUACUCAAUUUUGAAUCGUACACCCUUAAACAUCAAGAAUUACUCCACAUUUAAUCAACAUGCCAGGACGAAACCAAAACUUACUAUGGCCACCAUUAAAUCUAAAAUAAAAUCAUACACAAUCUUUACUGCAACUUCCCUAUUGAUUCUAUCAUCGGUCUCUUUAUGUUGUGUAGUCAUAUACUUACUGUUUAAAGAAUUGUUUUCUCCCAAUGGGAAUACACAAUUGUUUAAUAGGUCUGUAAAUUUGUUAAAUAAAAAUGAUCAAAUUAAAAAAUUAUUACAAUGUGAAAAAAAUGAAAAAUUAGUAGCUUUUGGGGAAUUAAUUUUAAAUAAUAAGUGGAAUAUGGAUAGACCAAUCUCUUCAAUAAGGAGGUUUAAUAAAAUUGAUGGGAAAUGGCAUAUCCUAAUGAAAUUCCAUUUAAAAUCAAACAAGAAAUUGGGGGUGGUUCAUUUAGAUGCUGUGGAGUCUCAAGAGAAAAAAUGGUACUUAUUUGAAGUUAAACCAAAGAUUACAUCCUUGUAUAUAGAUAUCCCAGGUGAAAAAAGAUUUUAUUUGAUUAAAUCACCACAAUCAGUGGAAAAAAUCAAUCAUGCCAUUAGACCAAAAGGGAUUUUAAGUAUCUUAAAUUGGACUCCUAAGAAAGAUUAG